CCGAGCGUGCGGCUCGGGAGCGGCCCGGCUCCGCGCCCGGCGCUGCGCUCCGCCGGCUCCGCGCUGGGAGCCAGCAGGUCUCCGGCAAGCGCGGAGGGUGGGGUGGGAUGCCGGAAUGCCCGGACCGCGGGGCCAAGGCGGCCCCCAUCCAUCAUAAAAUCUCCUUCUCCAUCUUAGACAUCCUGGAUCCCCAGAAAUUCAGCAGAAGACGCGAACCGGCCGCGGGGAGCUGGGGCAGCGCCCCCCGCUCCAACGAGCGGGAGAAAAGUUUGGGAAGAGUUGAAGUAGGAAAGGACGCUGCUGCUCCCGGCAGCGGGAGGAAUAAACUAGAGGCACAUGAUGCGCACGCCCCCGCGGAGAGCGGCACCGAGGACGCGGGGCAGGAGCGCGACGAGGAGGAGCCGAGCGGGGACGGGACCGGCACCGGGAGCCCGGCCGGGCAGGAGGAGCCGGGCUCGCCGCGGAACGCCCGGCGGCGGAGGGCAGAGCCGGGCUGCGGGAAACCGCGCCGGGCGCGCACCGCCUUCACCUACGAGCAGCUGGUGGCCCUGGAGAACAAGUUCCGAGCCACGCGGUACCUGUCGGUCUGCGAGCGCCUCAGCCUGGCGCUGUCCCUCAGCCUCACUGAAACGCAGGUGAAGAUCUGGUUCCAGAACCGCCGCACCAAGUGGAAGAAGCAGCACCCGGGCGCCGACGGGGCGGCCCCCGCAGCAUCCCCCGCGGCGGCGGCGGGCGGCGGCAGCCCCAGCCCCCCGGGCCCCGCCGCUCUGCCCUUCCAGACUUUCCCUUCGUACGCCGCCGCCAACGUGCUGGUGCCGCCGGCCGCCCCGUUCCCGCUGGGCGCCGGCCCCUUCGCUCCCUUCCUGGGCCCCGCGUACCUCGGCCCCUUCUACGCCCCGCACCUYUGAGGCKGCRGGGCCGGGGCAGCCCCCGGGAGCCAGGAGCGCACCUCAGCCCUUCUGAGCCAGCGGGGAACACCGUCAUCGCUUCUGCUGCUUGCAUGGCGAUUUGAAGUGUAAGAAAGUUGAUUUUUUCCUAGGCGUCACGGCAGCAUGCUUAACUUUGACACAGAGAAAAAAGCCCCACUGUAUCCACCGGAUUUUAUUAGCACGUUUGAGAUGUAAUUAUAGGUGUUGGAGAUGGGAAAAGUAACCCUCUUUACACAUGCCUGACAUUAAUUCCCUGCCGAUUCUUCUCCAAGUUCAUUGUUAAGAUGCUCCUCGUUGCUGUUCGGCUUGCCAGCACAUGUCUGAACCCUCGAGGGCUCGGGAGCUGUGGCACUCGUUAGCACCGCUGCGAUCUUGAUGCUGAUGAGGGUGCAGGCGGCCGUGUCGAAUCCCAGGGAUGCUCGCCAGURAAGACAUCCACAGGCUCUGACUGUGCUCAUGGGACUCUACUAAGCCCUGUUUGACCCACGUUUCAUUAUCGUUUCUGAAAACUGCCAGUCACGYUCUUGGCACCCUACCUGGAGGAGAGUUUUUGCUUGGGAAGGGGUAGGAAAAUGCAGCUCUGUGUCAUCAGGAGAUGAGAAGGAAAUCUGCCUGGUCAGUGGGAAAGUGUUCACCUGCUGCUCGUGUCCACAGCCUCUCUGCCUUUCGCUGCAGCUCCUUCCCAGGGACUUCACAGRUUUUGGAUGAGAAGACUAAAAGAUCAUUCUUUUUGCAGAGAGCAGUUGUUCUUGUAAUAACACRGCAUUAGUGCCAAAUGAGGCAGAAAAGAAAACAUAAAUCAGAGAAAAUGAUUACAUUACUCAUUUCUUUAAAAAUGGAGCAUUUGUGGUAGAAAGUAAGUAAAACACAGAAUUUCCAGCAUGCUGAGACCUAUUUUCCAUAACAGAGAAGCACAUGCUAUUUCUGGUUUUGCUUUUUGAAGCAUUCGUUAGAAGGAAAAUCACAUUUCAUAUUCAUCGCUACAAGCACCGGAAUGAAAAGGAAUUUUAGCUGGGGGCUUAUCUGUCUCUGAACGGACAGGAAGUAAUUGCUUUAAAAAAAAUCUGUCUCAUGCGGUUUUACAAAUUAUUACAACACAGUAUUUCAGACUGUAUCCUCUCCAUCUCUGACAGUGCUUUAAGUACACAUUGGCUCUCCAACCAAAAAACUGAGCUCGUAAAUCCUAUCUAGCUCUUGUGUUGGUCUAAAUAAAAAGGGKUUUUAAAUUAUUCGCUGUUUAAUUGUUUUUAAUUGUUCUUGGCUGAAGCAGUGUCUACUUUGUGGAUUCAUCGCCCACCUGGUGUGGAUUUUGACUGUGUCCUGUGUUGCAGUCAGUGACUGUGGGUGAUACCUCAUCUCCUYCGGGCUGGCUGUGAGGAGGUGAUUGAUGGGACAGCCCUCUCUUGCAAAAAUCACCCUCCUGACUUSCAGCUUAGCAGGGAUCAAGGGUGUGAGAGCCACAAUCCUAAACCUGGGCCAGCUGAAAUGACCUGAGGUUGUCUUUCCACCCCAAGAGGAGGUACCCAGCGUCUUCUCAGUGAUUUGCAGAGCUAUUAACAGAACACAAAGUUCACCUCAGGUCACAGUGCCAUAAUGACRCUGGGGAAGUCAUAACUGCUGUAUGAAUGUGUUUAC